AUGAAAUUCAUAUUGAUCUCAAUAACAUUACUAUUGUUUUAAGUGAACAGCUUAAGUGUAAAUUCAAAUGAUGUUUGCCAAUGUACUACAAUUUAAGCUCAAAGUGAUUGUCUUUUAAACUCUAAAUGUAAAUGGGAUAGUACAGCUAAAAAUUGCUAACCAGAAACAACAACAACAACAACAAGAUUUGUAUCAAAGCUUUGUACAGAUUCAAAAACUUGUUCAAAGUAAUAAGGUUGUGUAUUUUCUGAAAAUAAAUGUAUUAUGAUGGGAGAUUGUUAAUCAUAUUUGGGUAAUUCAAAUGCUGAAUGUUAAAAGUAUUCUUCUAGAUGUAAUUACAAUAAAGAAUUAAAAACAUGCACUUCAAGUGAUGUAUGUAGUUAGUAUAGUGGAGAAGGUUAAUAAACUGAAUGUGAAAGUGUAACUUAAUUAAAUGGGGAUAAAUGGUGUAAAUUUGAUACUACUGAUAAUAAAUGCUCAACAAAAAAAUGUUCAGAUUAUGAAAAAACAACAGAUGCUGAUUGUGCAGCUGCAUUAUAAGAUGCUAAAUGUGUAAGUGAUAAAAAAAAAUGUUUAUCUUAAUUAGUUAAUUGUGAUGCAUAUACAGCAGAAUUAUGUUUAAGUGUAAAUGCAUUGAAUGGACCAUGUGAAUUAAAAAGUAGUGAUAAAACUAAAUGUUAAUCAAAAACAUGUGAAGGUGCUACAGAUUCAAAAACUGAUACUGCUUGUGAUUCAUAUUUAAAAGGAUGCAUUACAAAUAAUUUGACUUGUUUCUAAACUUUACCUUCUUGUUCAACAUAUUCUGUUACUGAUUGUACACAAGUGAAAGGAAAUAAAGGAACUUGUAUAUUAACAUCAGGUGAAACACCUACUUGUAGAGAUCCUAAAUGUGAAGAUUAUACAGAAGGUACAGAUGAAGCUUGUAAGACUAAAGAUCCAUUAUGUAUAACAAAUGGAGCUUAUUGUGUAUUAGCCUUAGUUGAUAAAUGUGAUAGUUAUACUACUGGAAAUUGUGAUAAUAUAUUUACUAAAGAAGGAAAGUGUAAAUCUACAGAUACUGAAAAAUGUGGUCUUGAUUAAUGUACAAGUUAAACUAAAACAACAAAUGAAGAAUGUGGUAAAUAUUCAGGAACUGAUGCACCUACUUGUAUAACAAAUGGAGUAUCUUGUGUAAAGAGUUUAGAAAAUACUUGUUCUCUUAUCACAGUAUCUGAAGGUAGUAGCUGUGAAUAAUAUAUUAGUAAGGAAGGUAAAUGUAAAUUAAAGGAAGGAUCAAUAUCAACAUGUGAAUUAGAUUCUUGCAAUGCUUAAACUUUUACUACAGAUGAAGAAUGCAAUAAAUAUUCAAGUCAAAAUGUAGCACCUGCAAUUAUUUGUAAAACCAAUGGACUUAAAUGUGUAGAUAAUUUAAAUACUUGUGAUUCUUAUUUAAAAGAAGAAAGUUGUUCAUCACUUAAAGGAUCUGAUGGAUAAUGUAUGGAUGAUUCUACUGAAGGAUCUACCAAAUGUACAAUAGCUACUUGUGAUAAAAUCACAUCACCAUCAGCUCUAACUUGUCCAGCUGGAAAUUCAACUUGUAAAUUUGAUGGAGUAAAUUGUGUUAAAGACUUGAAAACUUGUGAAAACUAUACUUCAAAUUGUGAUAAUAUGAUUUCNAUGUUAAAAGUAUUCUUCUAGAUGUAAUUACAAUAAAGAAUUAAAAACAUGCACUUCAAGUGAUGUAUGUAGUUAGUAUAGUGGAGAAGGUUAAUAAACUGAAUGUGAAAGUGUAACUUAAUUAAAUGGGGAUAAAUGGUGUAAAUUUGAUACUACUGAUAAUAAAUGCUCAACAAAAAAAUGUUCAGAUUAUGAAAAAACAACAGAUGCUGAUUGUGCAGCUGCAUUAUAAGAUGCUAAAUGUGUAAGUGAUAAAAAAAAAUGUUUAUCUUAAUUAGUUAAUUGUGAUGCAUAUACAGCAGAAUUAUGUUUAAGUGUAAAUGCAUUGAAUGGACCAUGUGAAUUAAAAAGUAGUGAUAAAACUAAAUGUUAAUCAAAAACAUGUGAAGGUGCUACAGAUUCAAAAACUGAUACUGCUUGUGAUUCAUAUUUAAAAGGAUGCAUUACAAAUAAUUUGACUUGUUUCUAAACUUUACCUUCUUGUUCAACAUAUUCUGUUACUGAUUGUACACAAGUGAAAGGAAAUAAAGGAACUUGUAUAUUAACAUCAGGUGAAACACCUACUUGUAGAGAUCCUAAAUGUGAAGAUUAUACAGAAGGUACAGAUGAAGCUUGUAAGACUAAAGAUCCAUUAUGUAUAACAAAUGGAGCUUAUUGUGUAUUAGCCUUAGUUGAUAAAUGUGAUAGUUAUACUACUGGAAAUUGUGAUAAUAUAUUUACUAAAGAAGGAAAGUGUAAAUCUACAGAUACUGAAAAAUGUGGUCUUGAUUAAUGUACAAGUUAAACUAAAACAACAAAUGAAGAAUGUGGUAAAUAUUCAGGAACUGAUGCACCUACUUGUAUAACAAAUGGAGUAUCUUGUGUAAAGAGUUUAGAAAAUACUUGUUCUCUUAUCACAGUAUCUGAAGGUAGUAGCUGUGAAUAAUAUAUUAGUAAGGAAGGUAAAUGUAAAUUAAAGGAAGGAUCAAUAUCAACAUGUGAAUUAGAUUCUUGCAAUGCUUAAACUUUUACUACAGAUGAAGAAUGCAAUAAAUAUUCAAGUCAAAAUGUAGCACCUGCAAUUAUUUGUAAAACCAAUGGACUUAAAUGUGUAGAUAAUUUAAAUACUUGUGAUUCUUAUUUAAAAGAAGAAAGUUGUUCAUCACUUAAAGGAUCUGAUGGAUAAUGUAUGGAUGAUUCUACUGAAGGAUCUACCAAAUGUACAAUAGCUACUUGUGAUAAAAUCACAUCACCAUCAGCUCUAACUUGUCCAGCUGGAAAUUCAACUUGUAAAUUUGAUGGAGUAAAUUGUGUUAAAGACUUGAAAACUUGUGAAAAUUAUACAUCAAAUUGUGAUAAUAUGAUUUCUAGUAAUGCUAAAGCAUGUACAACUAAUCCAAAUGAUUCUUCUAAAUGUAUUACUAAAUCAUGUGCUACUGCUCCAGCUACCCUAUCUACAAAUGAAGAAUGUAAUAAAUACUUUGCAGGUUGUGUUACUAGAGGUUAAGGAUGUAUUGCAAUAUUAUCAACUUGUGAUACUUAUAAUGGUAUUAAAAGUACUUGUGAAAAAUAUUUUGGAACAGAUGGAAAAUGUACAGCAGAUGAUGCAAAUAAAGCUGAAGAUAAAUGUAAAUCUAAAGAUUGUGCUAAUGCUAUAUCAGUAACUAAUGAUCAAUAAUGUAAUGCUUAUUCAAAUAUAUGUUUUUACAGUGCAAAGAUAUAAAAAUGUUAAAAAAAGGUUGCUGCUUGUAAUGGAGUAAAAUCAUAAACAGAAUGUGAAAAUUCAUUAACAUCUGAAUCUUCUGUAUUCUGCACUUGGAAUGGUGCUGCAUGUGUUUAAGCUACUUGUAAUACUAUUUAAAAUGUGAAAAAUAAAGAGACUUGUGCAGUCUAUGGGGCUAAUUGUGAAUAUGAUAAUAUAAAUGGAUGUAAAGAUAAGACUAAUUAUACUUGUUCAACACUUAGAACGGCUAGUUUAUGUUUAUAAGAUUCUGCAUCAAAUGCAUGUAUUUGGGAUUCUACUAAUAAAAUAUGUAUAAUGUAUAAUAAAUGUUCUGAUUAUUCAUUAACACCUGCCAAAGAAAAUGAAGUUAAAACUGCUGAAUAAAUUGCUAGUGAAACAGAAAUUUGUAAAUUAUUAUCAAAUAAAUGCUAUUCUAAUGGAGGUAAUACAUGUGUUUCUAAAACACCAUGUACUGUAAUUAAAGAAGAAAAAAAUUGUAUUGGUAGUAUAGGAAUAGAUGAUAAAGUUUGUGGUUAUGAUGCUAAAGCAACAGCUUGUAAAACAUUUGGUUAAUGUACUGAUGUUGAAUUAUUAACUCAUGCUGAAUGUCAAAAGUAUAGUCCUACUUGUACAACAGAUGGUAAAACUUGUGUUGCUAUAAAAAAUUGCUCAGAUGCUACUACUAAGGAAAUAUGUGAUCUUGGAGGCAUAGAUGGAAAAUGUGCUUGGUCAGAUGAUGCUUGUAGUCUUUGGACUUGUGAAAAGGGUACAGGUGCAACUCAUGAAGCUUGCAACAAAUUAUCAACAUCAUGUACUACAGAUGGAACUAAAUGUAUGAAUAUUGGAGAGUGUAGUAGUUACACAGAUAAAAAUUGUGUUUUAGGAUUAAAAAAUACUCCUUGCUUUUAUGAUAAAGAAAAAUCAACAUGCAGAAAUAAAGUAUGUACUGAUUACUCUAAUGUGACUGGUUAAGAUGAGUGUGAUAAAGCUGGUUGUGCUUAUGAUCCUGAAGCAAAAGCUUGUAUUGCUAUUGAUAAAUGUUCUCUUUAUAAAAAAGAAGCAAUUUGUAAUCUUAAUAAAUAAGCAGAUAAGAAGGAAUGUGUAUGGAGACUUGGAAAGGUUUCUAGUACAACUGAUGGAUGUUUAGAAUUAAAUGCUUGUUCAAAUGCUUCUUCUAAUUAGGCUAAAUGUGAAAAAAUGAGUAAUUGUUAUUUUGUUCCAUCUGUUACAAAUGGUACAACUACAACUGAUUCUGAAUGCAAAAAUAUGGACUGUUAUGGAAAAAAUUAGUAAGUGACAACUAAAGGUCUAUGUAAUCCAUUCAAGACUUCUAGUUCUGAUGGAAAAUCUGAAACAAUUACUUUCUGUAAUUGGAGUGAUACUUAAAAAAAGUGUAUAGAAGGAGAUCCAUCUGUAGAUCUAAAGGUUGAAAAUUGCUUUACAUUGUCACAAUAUACAUAUUAUUGGAAUGUAAGCCAAAACAAAUGUGUUUCAUGCAAAGGUGGAAACACAUAAACUAAUAAUACAACAAAUUAAUCAGGUUCAAAUAAUGAAUCAAUAAAUUUAACAGAUAAUUAUAGUGUUAGACUAGAAUUAAUAAUAUACAUCUUAUUAUUAUUCUAUUUAAUUUGAGAAAGG